AUGGACUCAUCAACUGAACAACUUGUUCCAAGGGAGAGUGUAACUAGCUCGGAGGGAGUCUCCAAAUUUGGAGCCAUCUUUAUUGUUUGUAAUGCUGCGCUAGGAGCCGGUCUACUAAAUUUCCCCUAUGCUUACGCGCUCGCCGGAGGAUGGCGCAUCAGUCUGAUCAUGCAAAUCAUCGUCCUCGCUCUUUCUAUCGUCGGGCUUCAUUUCCUAGCCAAAGCCGCCAAGGAGAAGAACGUCUCAAAUUACCAAGAUACUGUCCGGGAAGUCGUUGGCGUCAGAUUUGGCGUCAUGUCAAUGACCUUCAUCAUGUUGUAUACUUUCGGGUGCUGCAUUACUUUCCAAAUCGUGCUGGGCGAUCAGCUUGAUUUGGUUUUUGAACAGAUAUUUUCAAACACCAACGUUUGGUAUCUGGAUAGGCGAUUCACGAUAACUGUCAUUGGUUUUGUUUCUAUUCUCCCUCUCUGUAUUCCCAAAGAUAUUGGUUUUCUUCGCCAUGCAUCUCUCCUCGGGUUUCUCAGUUGCAUCUUCGUCGUAUUUGUGAUCGUCACUCGGUACGCCGAUCCAACGCCUGAUCAAGACCCGCGUCCUUCGGUAGUUCCAGAAUGGCCUUAUUCUAUUUCUUCAUUUAUGUCGGCCUUGCCCAGUCUCUUUUUCGCAUAUCAAUGCCAUGUCAGUUCGGUGCCAAUCUACUCCAGUAUGGCCGAUAAGUCUCCAAAAUCCUGGUUGUUAGUUGCUGGUCUGGCCUUGAUCUCUUGUUGUUUCGUUUACACAUUGGCUGGAACAUUCGGCUACCUUUCCUUUGGACUUGAUGUAAACCCCGAUAUACUGAAAUCCUAUCCAGCUAAUGACCCACUGGUUAUCGUCGCUAGAGCCCUUAUCGCCGUUGUAAUGAUUACCAGCUAUCCGAUUCUGGCAUUUUGUGGACGUUCCGCUUUUCUCUCAAUAUCCGGAUUGGAUACCUUCUAUGAUGAAAUUCCUGAAGAAGAAAAAAUUCGCAAGGAAAAAUGGCGCAGGAUCGUCCCGACAAUUGUGUGGUUUACAGCGGCUCUUGCACUUGCGAUUUCUGUUCCAAAUAUUGCUGAUGUCAUUUCAGUAAUUGGAUCUUUAGCUGCUUUCUUUAUUAUGAUAUUCCCCGGGUUGAUUAUGGUCGACCUAGCCGUUGACCAUGUUGGAUGGCAUAAAAGCUUUAUGAAAAUACUUCAAGUAUCAAUUGGUUCAAUUUUGAUCAUCACUGGUGUUUGGAUUUUCGGGGUAACGACAACUCUUGCCAUCUUAAAUUUUUAA